CUUGUCUAUACGUCGGCAGAAAUAAAGUGUUAAGUACGUUCAUGUAUUUUCUCCAUUGCGCCAAAAUUCUGCAAUUAUUUGGCUGCUAAAAAAUAUCUCUCUCCAACCAGAUAAAAAUGAACGUAUGCGUGUCGGUCCUGACACUAGUUUUCACCACAUCAGGAGUUUUCUGCUGUCAAAGCAACGUUGGAAUAAAUUCUGGCCUGAAACUUGGUGAUGGAAAAAUUGUGAAAGUGACUGUCAAAGAACUUUCGACUUCUUCAAACCAAGCAGCCUUCAAACUCGGAGAUUCCAUCGCAACCGGAAAUUUGACAAAUAUAAUGGAAACCGUUCACAAUAUGCCGAAACAAAUUUACGCCCUAGCGAAUAAAACCGUUGCCAAGAUAGACUCGCCAGAUUUUUUUGACGUUGGUGUACGAGCCUCAAUUCAUCUCCGUAAUGGGGUCGGGAUUCUAUUAAGGAAUUGGAGGUUGGCCUUAAACAUGACAGAUUUACUGAAUUUUGAACCAGAAAUUAUUCAAAAAUUGGCCGAAGCUCUGGAAAAGAUUAGUAUGAAAUUGGAAACCCAGCUAAAAAUCACGGAUCACGGGAAAUAUAGCGAGAACCAUAUAAUCGUCGAAAUGCGUCAAAAUUCAGAAACUUUGUCACAAGAAAUACUCACCGUUUUGGCAUAUUGCAGCAUAAAAGUGGGCACUAGUUUGGAAAUGGAAAUUGAAAAUAGGAAACAAGUAGUCAACGAAUUGAAGGACACAGUGGCCCACGCGGGGGAUCGGAUCAGUACACAAUUGGAUUCAGGGGACUUGGCCAUGCUGUCAAAAGAGGAUAAAAUUCAUAUUAGAGAUGUCACUGAAGUGUUACUGACCGGGUGGAAUGUUGCCAUUACAUCGACAGGUUUGCAGAGUGAGACCAUUGUGGCAACAAGAAAUUUGGAAGAAGCCCUUACCAAGAUACAAAGCCGGGUGGAUCUCUAUGAUGAAUAUGAAGCGGAUAUUAGUAACGGAUCACGAAGAUUUCGACAUCUUUCUAUCCAUAAUAAUUUGUGCCAUGUUUAUUAUCAUGAUUUUAUUUGUUGUCGUCAUAAAUGUAAAAUAUUUUCGAGUGUUGGUUGGUGGGUGGAUACCAAUUCGACACACGGAAAAGGUGUCAAUGAAGAAGGAGGAUGUUGCAGAUGAUGAUGGUGAAGAUAUGGCAGGAAAACGAUUAAAAAUAAGAGGACAAGAAGGAGAUUGAGGAAAGUUGAAGUUGGUGAUUUAACGUCUUUUUCUGCUUGUACCUACAUAAAUAGGUGAACGUUAAGGUAACGGACAUGAAAAUGUUCAAGUUCGACAUACUUAUUUUUCAUUAGUUUGUACAGGUUGAAGUAAAUACAAGAGAAAAUUGUUACUAUAUCUUUUUGUGUUUUAGCUUAUUCUAUGCAAAGUCAAUGUAAAUAUGUAUAUAUGCAAAUAUUGGAAAAAGAGAGAUGGGUUAAAUGUAUGACAAGUUAAAA